GUUUGAAAACGCCUUGUGCGGGUCAAAUAUGGAGGUUUUAGUAAAAUUUUCGCCUUUUGACACGCCUAUUACCAAUGCGGGGCGUUUCAUUGGAGCCUCACGCAUAGGCUCGCCUUGGUGUCGCCUUACGGCGCCUUUUAGAACACUGCUCAUUCAUGAUUAUCAACGAUACACAGAUAGCUGAAGCCUUUGCUGGAAGCAGUCAUCACGGAAACGCAGAGUGCCUUUCAACCCAAUAGACUUAUACUGUAACAGAUAAUGUUCGAUCUCAUAGCCUCAGAGGUAAUCCACUAUUUGAAUAGAAAGAAAAAGGGUUCCAUUGGCUGGUGUGCUCUUAAGCUCGAUAUGGCAAAGGCUUACGACAAAAUGGAGUGGGCUUUCCUUCGUCAAAUGAUGGUGGUUAUGAGUUUUGAUCUGAACUUUGUUGAUUUAAUCAUGCUCUGUGUUUCUACUGUGCGAUAUCGUGUUUUAGUGAACGGAGAAUUGACUGAGACCAUUAUUCCUACACGAGGACUUAGACAAGGGGACUCUCUAUCCCCUUAUUUAUUCAUUCUUUGUGUUGAAGGUCUAGCCUUUAUUAUCAACAGAGCAGUCUCUCAGGGACAUUGGUCCCAAUGUAAAAAUUUCCAGAAAUGCACUGGGUAUUUCUCAUCUAUUUUUUGCGGAUGAUUGCUUGCUGUUCUUUAAAGCGGAUGGGGCUGAAAUGGCUUGUAUCUCGAGAUGCCUCCACAAAUACGAGAUGAUGUCGGGUCAGACUGUCAACUUUAAUAAAUCUUGCAUUAUGUUCAGCCGCAACACACUCGAUAAUCAACCCUGC